UACUUAACGUCUUUGCAAAAAUUUCUUGGGUGUCGACAAGAGCCAUACGUUCUUUUAGCUGCAGAGAACAUAGGCAUGAGGGAACGUUCGGACAUAUUGUAUGCAACAAAAAUGAGCUGCACCACGUCAACAGCAUUUGAUAUAGCUUAAUUAAAUGCAGGAGCUAGAUGUUAUAUUGGAAUAAUGUCGAGUGGCGACGGCUCAGGCUGGGAAAGCUACAGAAUGCAGGCGUGGCAGCAGGUGCGGUACCGCGACAACCACCCUGAGGCAACGGCCUCCACCUCAAAUGCAGCAUCAAUAGAUGCUGGAGCUCACAGGGACGCGGCCGCCCACCUGGCCACCCUGCUGCCUAGCAAGCAAGCGCAGCACACCAUUGGAGAAGUUGCCUUGAACUGGUUAUUAUCAAGUGAAAAUAUUCCUAAUGAGGAACGCGCGUGGGAGGAAAUCAUGCGGAUUAAAGAAAUGCCGGUGAAUAUGGCACAGAAGAAGGAACUAAAAGCACAGUUCAAGAAUGCAAACCAUGGUUUCGAGGAGGUCAAAUGGCAGAGGAAAAAAUUUUGGCAGCGCUGCAAGGCUAAUUUUAAAGAUUUUUUCGGAAAACUGGAGCUUUGGCAGGGAAGUCUGAAAACCAUCGAGGGCAACUUUGGCGUCGGCGUUGUCUCCUUGUUCCUCUUCAUCAAGUGGCUCAUGUUCCUCAACAUUUUCAUCUUCACCCUGACUUUCUUGCUGAUUGUGUUGCCGUCAGCGAUUUUGGAGCCAGGACCGAGCGGGCAAUGCGACCUCGCUGGAAACGACUCGCAAUCAAUCGCGUGCUGUGUCGAGCAAUAUCAAAACUACACGUCGACUAGCAGCGACUUCUUUUUCUUCGACCUGGUGCAGGGAACGGGCUGGAUGGAGAAGACGAUGCUCUUCUACGGCCACUACACGAGUGAAAUUUACACCUUGAACAAUGGUCUAUUCUACGACCUGCCAUUCGCGUACCUGAUCUCGACGCUGCUCUACUUUCUCGUCAGCCUGAUUGCCAUCGUGAAGUCAGCGGCGCGAGGAUUUCGCGAGCGAAUCAUCACGGGUGAGAGCCAAUUCUACUGCAACUUGAUUUUCGCCGGCUGGGACUUUUGCUUCGACAAACCGAAGCGCAUGAUAUACGUGCAAAAAGCAAUCUUCAACGAAAUCAAGGGCUGUCUCGAAGCAGAGCGGCUGCAAACGGAGAGGAAGAUCCCGACCAGGAAGGAAAAAUUUCGGCUGCUGCUUUCUCGAGUCGUGGUCAACACGGGCAUCAUUUCCAUCCUGCUUGCAUCCAUGGUCGCCAUCUACUACGUGUUCACCCUGUCGAGGCAGCUAUUGCGCACCUACGAAAACUCCGAGAGCCGCAUGCUCCUGCUGUUUUUUGAGUUCAUGCCGUACCUGCUGAUCGUCAGCCUGAACCUGCUGCUGCCGCUGCUGUUCACCUUCCUGGUCGACUUCGAGCACUACAGCCCCAUCGUGGUUGUGCGUAUAACCCUGCUGCGCACUGUCUUCUUGCGGUUGUCCACGCUGGGCGUGCUCGGCGCCUCCAUCUACCCAAUUGUUUCGUGCUACAGACAUGACGGCUGCGUCUGCAGGGACGAGGCGCCCCUGUGCUGGGAGACGUACGUCGGACAGCAGUUCUACAAACUGGCCAUGACCAACGCGCUGUCCGGCAUAGCGGUCACCUUUUUCAUCAACUUCCCCAGGGCAAUGAUAGCCAGAUACUUUGAGGGCAACCGCUUCAUCAGUUUCGUCUGCGAGCAGCAGUUCGAGCUGCCAGGCCACGCACUCGACGUCGUUUACAGCCAAACGCUCUGUUGGAUCGGCAGCUUCUACUCGCCGUUACUGCCUGCGUUCGCGGUCGUCCACUGCUUUCUCACUUUCUACGUGAAGAAGUUUGCCUGUCUCGUUAAUAGCAGACCACCGUCGCAAAUUUACAGGACAUCUCGCUCUAACUACAUGUUCAUAUCCGUGCUGCUGAUUUCGUUCGUGGCCGCUGCAAUAGCUGUGGGUUACUCAUUGACAGAAGUGAAGCCGUCCCGCUCGUGCGGCCCUUUCAAGGGCGACGACCCCGUGUGGGUCACACUGUGGCUGUCGUUCAACAAGCUGCCAAGCUGGAUUCAGGGCUUUGCGUCCUUUCUCAGCACGGCCGGCUUCACGCUGCCCAUGAUCGUGCUCCUCCUGCUGGCCCUCUACUACUUCAACUCGGUGACCGCCGCCAGGAGGCAAAUGGCGCUGGUCCUGCGCCGGCAGCUCUUGCUUGAGGGCCAGGACAAGCAGUUUUUGCUUGACCAGCUCAACGUCAUAAUCGAGGAACAGAAACACCGUCAAAAUACGAGCUCAUGGAACGCCCGCUACCCGCAGAAUUUGUCUUUUUGCUCCCGCCGCCGCACAAUGAAGAUUUAAGGAACGAUGUAAAAUAUUAAACGAGAUGAUCAUUUUUUUCUAUCAAGUAUACCAAUACGACUCAUGUGAAAAUAAGUUGACGAAAUUUGUAACUGAAGGAGCUGAAAACCCUGAAAAGAGAGAAUGUAAUAUAUAACUUUUUAUUUUAGUUUCAUAAUUAUAUUUAAUUAACGUGGAAAAGUAGUUAUUACUGUAAUUAGCCUGUUGGGAUAUUUUACAACUUUUAUACAUCAACACAAAAAUAAUCUUAGAAUGGUACAUUUCAAAAUAAAGCGAUAUUGUACUUUUUAGAAUUAAAUGUUGUUUAUUAUUUAAAAUUUAAAAUUGUAUCACUGAGAAGAUGAGUUAAAUUAAUUGCUUUUAUACAUUUUUCGGACUAAACAGAAGGUUUCAAAUUCACAUACAUGUCAUCGACUUUAACAUUAUUGAUUUGAUGAUUAGAAUGAAGGAGUGUUUAGAACUUAAAUAGAAAUCUAGGAGCAUUCUGGAAAAUUAAGAAUUAAUUUAGUUAAAGCUCUGAAUAUGCCAUGCCCCAUUUCGACUAUUCUGAUGUAGUGUUUUCACGUAUAAAAGUUUGUACCAUUACUGCCCGGAAAAUUUGCAAAAUGAAGCAAUGCAUGAUGUCUAUUUAGUAGGCAUUUCGAAGUAGGCAUGUGAAUAUUGGCUUCAUAUGUCAACGUAUUAGUGCUCAAACAGUGCUUUUAAGUCAUCUUGACAGCUGUGGAACAAUUUUUUCCGUUAUGUGCACUAAUAAAAAUGGC